GGUUAUGAGACUAUAAUACAAGAACUCAGAAAUCAAAUUGCUCAGAAAAAUUUAAACCAUCCCCUUACUUAUAAGCAACUUAUAAAUAGUCAUAGAGACCAGCUUACAAAACUUAAUCUCUGUCAAAAAUGUUUUAUCCUAAUUGAAAAAGAAGAAGAAGAAUAUUAUAUGAAUGUGUACUCUUAUAAAUUUUGGGAUAGGGCUAUG